AUGCCAGUUCGAGCUAUUCAAGCGAAGAAAAAGCGCCCUGCACGGAAAGCGAGGCAGUUGCAGAAUAAUAUAAACAAUCAACAGCAACAGAAUCUGAGAGAGCCAGAGGUCCCUUCGUCAUCCAGUCAGGUCCAGAAACCGAAUGGACAGCGUCAGAAAAAUAAGGGUGCAGGAGCUCAAAGAAAUAAAGUCCCUGACGAGCCUUGCGUUGCCGACGUUGAAGCCAACCCUGACGCAAAAUUAAGCGAUGACGGAUGGGCGUUAUUUGCUGACUUGUUCGCUGCGUCGGUCUGA